UCAUCGAUCGACUCCAGAGCUGCAGCCAUCACCUUCAAUGAGAAAGCCAACCCGUAGCCGUAACUCCCAUCAGCAGCCACACACGACCGUUCCUCGGCCACCAUCCCGCCUCGGCGCCGCCGCCGGCGACCGCUCCUCAGCAACCCAUCAUCGCAGUCGCGCUCCCGCUCGUUCCACCAUCUCAGAACUCAGUUUUGUGGCACAAAAUAAAAGAACAUUUGUCACAAAGGCCAGAUCUUUGUCUAAUUCUAAGUUGAAUUCCAGGUCUCCAGUGUCCAUUAGAAAGGGUGAUGAACCAAUCAUUGUCAUUGACAAUUAUGACAGUUUCACUUACAACCUUUGCCAGUAUUUGGGAGAGCUGGGAUGUAAGUUUGAGGUUUACCGGAAUGACGAAUUGACUGUAGAGGAAUUGAAAAGCAAAAAGCCGAGAGGAGUGCUUAUAUCCCCAGGACCAGGCACACCCCAGGAUUCUGGAAUUUCUUUGCAGACUGUUCUCGAACUAGGGCCUGUGGUUCCGCUUUUUGGAGUAUGCAUGGGUCUACAAUGCAUUGGGGAGGCCUUUGGAGGGAAGAUUGUGCGUUCUCCUUAUGGUGUGGUGCAUGGAAAAAGUUCUCUUGUAUAUUAUGACGAGAAGGGAGAAGAUGGCUUAUUUUCUGGAUUAUCAAACCCUUUCACUGCUGGUAGGUACCACAGCCUUGUAAUCGAUAAGGAGAGUUUUCCUGGCGAAUUUCUGGAGGUCACCGCAUGGACCGAAGAUGGACUGAUUAUGGCUGCUCGUCACAAAACUUACAAGCAUCUACAGGGUGUCCAAUUUCAUCCAGAAAGCAUCAUAACCGAUGAAGGCAAGACGAUUGUUCGCAAUUUCGUCAGAUUGAUUGAGACCAAAGAGGCUGAAGCUCAGAACUAGAGGAGGCUGCUGUUGAAGAAAUUUGCAUUGUUAUUCAAUUUAGUUUACUCAGAACUAGACAUUUUACUCCUUGUACUAUCCAACAGGGCUAGGCUGUUGAACCAAUUGUGUUUUAUUACUUUUUACCUUUUCUUUUAAA